UGAUGCGGCUAUCAGAGCUCGGGUUGCACGCCCUGGACUGUCCACACAAACCCACCGGGGAGCUGGAUGCAAAGGACGUCAUAGAGAGCAGGUGGUAUAAGGAGUACUUUGCAAUAUCUGCAGAUUUGGAGAUAGAGACAAAGCAUGUUUGUACGGUGCGUAACUGGGAGAAAAAACUCCAAAUGACACAAGAGGAGAACACUGUGGAUGACCUGUGUGCUCUGGCUGAGGAGCAUCUGAAACUCCACAGGGAACACCUGCUGAAACCAGGCGGGCGUUUGAGGAGUGAGAACGUGGACGCUCUGCUGCACCGCCUGGACGAGGUGGCUGCUCUUUAUGCAUCAGCAAUCGCCCUCAGUCCCAAAAAUGCCAAAGUCCACUUUCUGCUGGGUCUCGUUUUGGAGGAGCACCACAACACCACCCAGGUUUACGGCUCUCCGAAAAAGGCUGAUAAGGACAAAGAGGAAAUAAGUGAGGCCAAGUCUUCGGCCCAUCAGGACGACAUCCUGGCUGUGUGUAAGCUGCAUGGCUUCCACGGCAUGCCCUCCGUGGAGAGCCAGCUGCAGGCCUUGGAUAAGGAGUAUCACCAGCUGAAAGAUCAGGGACAGUUCAGCAAGUCAGACUAUGUGCAGACCCUUUACCUCUGGCUGUCCAAGCAUGCUGCGAAGGAUCGCAACAUAGUGAUGCAAGACGAGGAGAGCUACAUGUAUCGAUCCCUCCUGAAGUACCUGGACGCUUGGUCCCUGAACCCGGACAACUGGGAGUUUAGCCUCCACAUUGGGAGACUCCUGCUGCUGCAGGGGAGAAGCAAGGAAGCUCUGCAGCACCUUCAGACCGGGCUGGCGCUGUGCCCGCUGAGCCCCGCACUCAGAUUCUUUACAGGGCUGGCUCUGUUACAGCAGGAGCAGAAAGCCUGUGAGGCCACGGAGAAGGAGGCAGCACUGUUCUUACAUCAGGGACUGGAGCACUUUGUCAGCCAACGCUGUAGCGAGAGUCAGGAGAACCAGGAUCCAUUCGACCCUCUGUCCAGCAUGAAUCCACAGUUUCUCAGAGGGCUUCUCACUCUGGCGCAGCUGCAGAAGAAGACCAUGUUGUCUGAGAAGUCCAUGACUCCUGAGCAGGUGUAUCACAUGUAGGUAAACAUAUGGAGACAUUCUGAGCAGCGCCUUGCAUGUGAGCUUUUCCACAUGUCAUAUUAUUUUUAUGCUAUUGAUCAACAUCAAGUUGUGGGUAAUUAUGGUUGUUCAACUUUU